AUGUUUUCUUCUGCUCUCAAUGGAUCUCUUGUGGGUUAUUGUGAGGGUAGGAAAGGCUUGAGGCCAGGGGAUCCCAUCUCCCUUUACCUUUUUGUUAUUGCCAUGGAAGUCUUUGCUAAGCUGCUGGAGGAAGUUGCCCUGCGAUCAGAGUUUGAAUUCAAUCCGAAAUGUGACGCUAUCAAACUGAUGCACUUGUGCUUUGCUCAUGAUGUGCUCACUUUUUCAAAGGCCUCGGUGCAGUUUGUAAAAGCUAUUCAUCGAAUUCUGGAGGAGUUUACUGACAUCUCGGGUUUGAAAGUUAAUCAUUCUAAAAGUUCUAUUUUUUGUUCUGGAGUUUCUGUGGUGGAAAAGAGGAGACUGCUGGAAUGUCUCAAUAUGCCAGAGGGUUCCCUCCCAGCGAGAUAUUUGGGGGUCCCUCUGAUCUCAAAAAAGUUUGCUGCUUCAGAUUGCGCUAGCUUAUUGGAGAAAAUUUUUGGUAGAAUUAAUUCUGGGUUGUCGAAGAAUCUACCGUUUAUGGCAGACUUCAACUUCUAUCCUGUGUGUUGA